AUGAUUCUUCUGGAGAAUGGAGAGUUUGAAUCUGAAUAUGAGAAACCAAAGACUGAUCAAGAACUAUCAGAAGCUGAGUAUGAGGAGGAACUAGUUCAAGGUAGACUUUUGGUUGCAAGAAGGACUCUCAGUUUGCAAAACAAAACUGAGGAGCAGGAACAAAGAGAGAACCUGUUCUACACACGUUGUCUGGUGCAAGGAAAGGUCUGCAGCCUGAUCAUUGACGGUGGAAGGUGCGUCAAUGUUGCUAGUGAGAUAAUGGUGAAGAAGCUUGGAUUGAAAAUUCAGAAACAUCCUAGGCCUUAUCGACUACAAUGGCUUAAUGAAGAAGGCAAUAUGAGGGUAUCUAAUCAGGUUUCUAUACCCUUGUCCAUUGGGAGGUAUGAAGAUGACAUUCUCUGUGAUGUGAUACCCAUGGAAGCCAGCCACAUAUUACUUGGAAGGCCUUGGCAGUUUGAUAGGCGUGUCAUUCACGAUGGCUUCACCAACAAACAUUCUUUUGAGUUCAACGGCAAGCGAACUGUCUUGGUGCCUCUAACUCCUAAAGAAGUGCAUGAAGAUCAGCUUCAGCUUCAGAAAAAGAAAGAGAUUGAUCUCAAACCAGAUAAGCAACAUAACUUCUAUGCUAAAGCUAGUGAAAUCAAAAGAUCUCUUUAUUCUCAUCAAUCGGUUCUCUUAUUUAUUUUUAAAGAAUCUCUUUUGUCUCUAACUGAUUGUACACCGGUGUAUCCGAGUGAGAUGUCAGCUCUUUUACAGGAAUACCAGGAUGUAUUUCCAGACGAUAAUCCCAUAGGUUUGCCACCUAUUCGAGGGAUUGAGCAUCAGAUUGAUUUUGUACCAGGAGCUACUCUUCCCAACAGACCAGCAUACAGAACUAAUCCUGUGGAAACCAAGGAGCUACAAAGACAGAAGGUGAGAGCAAUUCAAGAAUGGCCGAUUCCUAAGACCAUAAGUGAAGUGAGGAGCUUCCACGGGCUUGCUGGUUUCUACAGGCGGUUUGUUAAAGACUUUAACACUAUAGCAGCUCCCUUGACUGAAGUGAUAAAGAAAGAAGUCGGAUUCAAGUGGGGAGAAGCACAAGAGACUGCCUUCCAAUGUCUUAAAGAGAAGCUUACUCACGCCCCUCUUCUUAUACUUCCAGAUUUUAAUAAAACCUUUGAGAUUGAAUGUGAUGCUUCUGGUAUUGGAGUGGGUGCUGUUUUGAUGCAGGAAAAGAGACCCAUAGCUUACUUCAGUGAGAAGCUUGGAGGCGCCACUCUCAACUAUGCAACUUAUGAUAAGGAAUUGUAUGCCUUGGUGAGAGCUUUGCAGACUUGGCAGCACUACUUGUGGCCCAAGGAGUUUGUGAUACACACUGAUCAUGAGUCCCUCAAGUACUUGAAAGGACAGAACAAGCUCAGCAAGAGACACGCAAGAUAGGUAGAAUUC